AUGAUUAUAAAUUGUUUUCCACUUUCUCUUUUCCCUUGUAUAGUGGAAGUAAAGGAGGAAGACUUGGCUGACCGAGGAAUCAAUAUCAAUCCAUCAGAACUGGAUUUUCUCCUCCCCGUGAUCAAUCCAACAAAACUUCCUCCAGACCUUCACGUACAGGCUGAAACAUUGAAACCACUAGAACCUUUUUCUAGCCGCGAUAUUCGGUAUAUCAUGGCUACGGAGAAUACGUUAAGCAACAUAAAACACGUAUUGAACAAAAGCGGUUCUUCUCAAAUAAACAAGCCAAAGCUUCUAACAAGAAUCAGUUCUUCUCCGAAAAAGGAACAGCUGAAAUCAAAAGGUCAACCCAAAGAUCUCUAUUCUAAAGCAAGCAUUAAUAGUAAAACUAACAACAUCUCACAAGCGAAGAUCAAUCUAAAACAACCACUGGUUAGAUAUACCAAUACAACAAAGGAACAUAAAUUGCAUCCAAAACAAGCGUACUAUAAUAUAUAUGACGUUGACAAGCCAGUGACAAUAAACAGAGUUCAAAAACAUGAAGAAAUUUUAUCAAAAGAAAAACAAGAAAUUCUCAAUAAUACUUUGGCUGCGUAUGGGUUACGUUUAGAUCCUAAAGGACAGAACGUGAUCUUGCAUGAUACCGAAGAACAUUCAGGAUCAAUGAGGAAUGAAAAUGAAACAGGGAAAAAAGAAAUAAAAAGUCGUAAAGGGAUAGAUAAGAAAAUAGCAAGAAAAGCGAAAAAGAAACAUGAAAAACAUUUUAAGAGGAAAAAUGUGGAUACGAUAAAAUCCUUAUGGAGAAUUUUACAGAAAGUAUCACAGAAAUGGAAAUAA